AUGACUUCAAAGCCGGAUGCAUUUUUCUCGUCCGGCAACGUCAACGGCGAUCAUGCUGAUGACGACGAUAUGUUGAAGCUGAAGGAGAAGAAGACGAAACAAGAAGAAGAGAAAGAGAACAGGAAGCGCAACGUUCCAUUACUCAAGCUCUUCUCUUUUGCUGAUUCUUACGACUGCGUUUUGAUGGCGAUCGGAUCUGUCGGGGCUUGUAUUCAUGGCGCGUCAGUCCCUAUCUUCUUUAUCUUCUUCGGAAAAUUGAUAAAUAUCAUCGGCCUUGCUUAUCUCUUUCCCAAAGAAGCUUCCUCUAAAGUAGCCAAGUACUCCUUGGAUUUUGUAUAUCUCAGUAUAGCUAUAUUGUUUUCGUCAUGGACCGAGGUGGCUUGUUGGAUGCACACUGGGGAAAGACAAGCAGCGAAAAUGAGGAUGGCGUAUUUGAGAGCCAUGUUGAAUCAAGAUAUAAGUCUUUUCGACACGGAAGCUUCUACUGGGGAAGUCAUUUCUGCAAUCACAAGUGACAUCCUUGUAGUUCAAGAUGCUCUUUCUGAGAAGGUAGGGAACUUCAUGCAUUACAUAAGCAGAUUUCUAGCAGGAUUUAUAAUUGGGUUUGUAAGGGUUUGGCAAAUUAGUCUGGUCACUCUCUCCAUUGUACCCCUAAUUGCCCUUGCCGGUGGAGUCUAUGCCUAUGUCACUAUUGGCCUCAUUGCUAGAGUCAGAAAGUCCUAUGUCAAGGCUGGUGAAAUUGCUGAAGAGGUGAUAGGAAAUGUAAGGACAGUGCAAGCAUUUGCAGCAGAAGAAAAAGCUGUAAGGCAGUACAAGACAGCUCUGUUGGGUACAUACAAGUAUGGGAAGAAAGCAGGACUGGCCAAGGGUUUGGGGCUUGGAUCGCUGCACUGUACCCUUUUUCUUUCAUGGGCAUUGCUCGUUUGGUUCACUAGCAUUGUUGUGCACAAGCAUAUUGCUAAUGGCGGCGAGUCUUUCACCACCAUGCUUAAUGUUGUUAUUGCUGGCCUGUCACUCGGGCAAGCAGCGCCUGACAUCUCUGCAUUCAUUCGAGCCAAAGCAGCUGCUUAUCCCAUAUUUGAGAUGAUAGAGAGGAACACAGUGAACCAAUCCAGCAGUAUAACUGGCCGGAAACUGGACAAACUUGAGGGGCACAUCCAAUUCAAGGAUGUAUCUUUUAGCUACCCAUCUCGUGCAGAUGUUAGUAUUUUCGAUAAGCUCAAUCUUGAUAUCCCUGCUGGGAAGAUUGUAGCUCUUGUGGGAGGAAGUGGUUCUGGCAAGAGUACAGUUAUAUCUUUGAUUGAAAGAUUCUAUGAGCCACUUGGUGGCCAAAUAUUGUUAGAUGGAAAUAAUAUAAGUGAACUUGACCUCAAAUGGAUGAGGCAACAAAUUGGGCUGGUCAAUCAGGAGCCUGCUCUUUUUGCAACAAGCAUUACGGAGAAUAUUCUUUAUGGUAAAGGUGAUGCUUCGAUGGAUGAUAUCAAACAUGCAGCUAAACUUUCAGAGGCUCUUUCUUUCAUAAAUAACCUCCCAGAGAGAUUCGAAACUCAGGUUGGUGAGAGAGGCAUACAACUCUCUGGAGGACAAAAGCAACGGAUUGCAAUAGCACGCGCAAUUGUGAAGAAUCCAUCAAUUCUUCUAUUGGAUGAAGCAACAAGUGCACUGGAUGCGGAGUCUGAGAAGAGUGUGCAGGAGGCACUUGAUCGUGCCAUGGUAGGGCGAACAACAGUAGUGGUGGCACAUCGUCUGUCCACUGUCAGGAAUGCAGAUAUUAUUGCGGUUGUGCAAGAAGGAAAGAUAGUUGAAACUGGGAGCCAUGAGGAGCUAAUUUCUGACCCCAAUGGUGUCUAUGCAGCACUUGUUCAUCUACAAGAGACAGCUUCUUUGCAACGUCCCUCCACAUUUGGUCCUAGCUUAGGACGGCCACUGAGCUUAAGGUAUUCACGAGAGUUAUCUCGCACCACCGCAAGUUUUGGUGCCAGCUUUCGAUCUGAUAAAGAAUCUCUUGGCCGUCCUGGUGGUGAUGGAACAGAGUUUAAGUCAAGGCAUAUAUCAGCAAGUAAAUUGUAUUCCAUGGUCCGUACAGACUGGCAUUACGGGGUGAUGGGCACCAUUGGUGCCCUUAUUGCUGGAGCUCAGAUGCCUCUUUUUGCUCUUGGUGUCUCUCAGGCUCUAGUUUCCUAUUACAUGGACUGGGAAACAACAUGUCGUGAGGUUAAAAAGAUCUCUUUACUCUUCUGUGGGGCUGCAGUGUUAACUGUCUUUGUUCAUGCGGUAGCUCAUCUUUGUUUUGGUACUAUGGGAGAGAGACUCACUCUUCGAGUUAGAGAGAAGAUGUUUUCUGCAAUACUAAGGAAUGAGAUUGGAUGGUUUGAUGAUACAAACAACACCAGUGCUAUGCUAUCGUCUCGUCUAGAAAGUGAUGCUACUUUAUUACGAACUAUUGUUGUUGAUCGUUCAACAAUUCUUCUACAGAAUGUGGGUUUGAUAGUGGCCUCAUUUAUCAUUGCCUUCAUCUUGAACUGGAGAAUCACAUUAGUGGUCUUAGCUACAUAUCCUUUGAUCAUUAGUGGUCAUAUCAGCGAGAAACUUUUCAUGAAAGGCUAUGGUGGCAACUUGAGCACAGCAUAUCUGAAAGCUAACAUGCUAGCUGGGGAAGCUGUAAGCAACAUCCGCACUGUUGCUGCAUUUUGUUCUGAGGAGAAGGUCAUUGACCUUUAUGCCCGUGAGCUUGUUGAGCCUUCUAGACGCUCAUUUACUCGUGGUCAGAUAGCUGGCAUAUUCUAUGGUGUAUCUCAGUUCUUCAUAUUCUCAUCCUAUGGCCUGGCCUUGUGGUAUGGUUCUGUUCUAAUGGAAAAGGGGCUUGCUAGCUUUAGAUCUGUCAUGAAAUCAUUCUUUGUAUUGAUUGUAACGGCAUUAGCAAUGGGUGAAACUUUAGCACUUGCCCCAGAUCUUUUAAAAGGGAACCAAAUGGUGGCAUCAGUUUUUGAAGUCACAGAUCGCAGAACAGAAGUCCUAGCGGACAUAGGAGAAGACGUUACAAAACUGGAGGGGACAAUUGAGUUAAGAGGUGUUCAAUUUAGCUAUCCUUCAAGACCAGAUGUAGUCCUUUUCAGGGACUUCAAUUUGAAAGUUCAUUCAGGAAAGACUAUGGCAUUGGUGGGUCAAAGUGGUUCUGGUAAAAGCUCUGUGAUUUCUUUAAUUCUCAGAUUUUAUGAUCCGACAGCUGGGAAAGUUCUGAUAGACGGGAAAGACAUCAAGAAAGUAAAUCUCAAAUCUCUGCGGAGACACAUUGGCCUGGUUCAACAAGAACCAGCUCUCUUUGCUACAUCAAUUUAUGAAAACAUCCUAUAUGGAAAAGAAGGAGCUUCUGAAGCAGAAGUAAUUGAAGCGGCCAAGCAUGCCAAUGCACACAGUUUCAUCAGUUCCCUUCCUGAGGGCUACUCCACUAAAGUUGGAGAGCGCGGGGUGCAACUAUCCGGUGGUCAAAGGCAAAGGGUGGCCAUUGCCCGAGCAGUUCUAAAGAACCCUGAAAUUUUGUUACUAGAUGAGGCCACCAGUGCUCUAGAUAUGGAAUCUGAGCGGGUAGUACAACAAGCUCUCGACAGAUUGAUGAAGACUCGUACAACAAUAAUGGUGGCGCAUAGGCUGUCCACUAUAAAAAAUGCCGAUGAAAUUUCAGUCAUACAAGAUGGAAAGAUUGUGGAGCAAGGAAGUCAUUCAACUCUUAUAGAGAACAGAAAUGGAGCAUAUUACAAGUUAAUAAACAUUCAGCAGCAGCAGCAUUGACCAUACAAAAAUGUGAACAGGAUUACUCAAAUGAUUUUUAUGUAGGAGAUUUAUUUUCAUCCUUUGUAAUUCUUUUCAUUUUCUCUCUA